AUGAGGAUGAUGAGGCUUGAUCGAAGGUCGCUCCCUGAGGCGAUGCGAAGUCUGCAUCGCCAGGCGCUAUACGCGCGGCUGAAGUCUUUCCUCGCGUUCAAGACGCUGUUGGCCAGGACAUACCGCUCCAUCGUCAUCGACAUCAACUUCGUCAAUGCCACUUUGUCCGCAUCGCAGUGGGAGGAGCUCGGCGAGACAUCUGCCUUCUACAAAGGAUCUGGUUCUCACCAUCAAGGGGAGGCAGUAUCCUCAACGGAUCAAGGCACGUCAAGAGGGCAUAUCGAAUACGUCGAUUUCGGCUACACUCUCACCCACCGGAUCAACGUUUCCGUCCUCAACUCCGGUGUCGAUUACCCUGCGGUGACUGAUAAGUGGGUGACCGCAAUGCGCGAGGCACCCUACUUCGGGAGCCUCUACACAGAGCUCACCAUCGGGGACCUCGGUAUCGGCUUCGGGGAUUUGACAGUGCUGUACGAGCGACAGCUAAAAGCUGGCUACGUCGACCGUCUUGCGGUCAUCUUUGCUCCUCGGCUCGUCCCUCGCCUCGACGACUUUGACCCUUUCGCCCGGGUUGCGUCUUCCUCCCUCACCAAACUCGUCCUCGCAACGGACUUCGUCGUGGGCGGGACACACAUGUCAUUCGAUGAUAUAACGGUCAUCCGUCAGCUGGUCCGGUCCCACCUCCGUCGGUUACAGCAUCUGGAGCUCGCUCUAGAUGGCAUCAGCACGGCUGAGAAGGUCUGCCGAGACCUCCUCUACGCCGACAUGCUCAGCGACUUUGGGCCCAUCGACCAUCUGGUCGUCUUUGUCGGAGAUCAGCAAGAUCAACUCUUUGGCGUCGUGCGCUAUCUCAGCACCAUGUGCGGGCCUAAUCCGAGCAUCGGCAUCAAGACGUGCGGGGACGUGAAAGAACACCUGGACGGGCGAUGUUUCCAAGCGGUUUUUGCGGGACCUGAGACGGUGGGCUUUUCCCUCUUACCUGGAUGUCUUGCGCGAUCGGUGCUGAUGUCAUCCAGGCAGUCUAAGAAGCGUCAAUCCCACCUAUCCACAGUCGACUUAGCUACGCUGGACGUCAUUCUCCCAGAGCAAGUGGCGGAUCUGAGUUAUCACGAGGACGACCGGCCGAGGCGGUUAUGGGAGAGUAGAGCUGCGAAGUGGAGCCAGACGGCCGCGUCGAAUGGAGAGUACAUCAAGGGGGAACUCACCGCCAGGCUGCAUUGGGCUGUGGAGCGCAUCGCCACCAUGUCCAAAGAGCUUGAGACGGACAUUUCCGGAAAGGAGGGGGUGGCCGGCCAGGCGGACAAGGUCAAGGAGACGCUGAGGGCGAUAGAAACGGUCAAGCUGAUAUCGGCGCAAGUGUCGGACAUGGCGGAUGAGAAGAUGAAAGAUCAGCUGAAGGGGUAUCUGGGGAUCUUGGGUUCCGAAGUAGGCAGUUCGGAUGAGAUGAGCAUGGAGUCCAGCCUCGUACCUCAUGGAGAGAUGGUCCAAACCGCGGCGUCAAGGUUCUGGGAUAUCGCCGAGCUGCGACAAAAGGUCAUCAACAUGUCCGACAAUCAGACGCUGGGAAGGAUGAUGAGGGUUGAGCGGCGAUGCGUGGCAGGCGUCGCGAGAGAGCUGUAUCAUACAAUCAGCUAUGCGAAUAUCAGACCCUACUUGAGCCGCAACACUAUCACCUCCAAUGUCAUUUGCGCGGCGGUCAUCCAUCUUCGAGCUCACGACAUGAAGCUCUCUCCUUCACAAUGGCGAGAGCUCGGCGUCUCGCCAACCCUCUUCAAAGGAGCUGGCGCUCAUGCCCGCCAAGCGGCCUGGUUGCGGUUCUAUCAGCCGGAUAUGGUCAAUGUCCUCCUUCCACCUCUCCGGAAAAAGUGCAAGAACCUCCGCCAGGUCUCCUUCGAGAAGGCGGAGCCGGAACCCUUUGACGAUCCGUCAUGGAUCGUAUACCUCGACACAUCUCUAGAGGACGAUGAUGACGGAUCGGGCGCGCUCAGCGGCAGCACCGACUAUAUCCAUUCGGAAACAUACUCCCACUCUACCUCCCCUCCCUCCGACAUUCCUCCUCCUACCGCGCCACCGGGCUUUCAGAUCAAUAAUCGCUUCGAUCUGACCCUCACGGCCGGCGACGAGGGGCAGACUCCACUCUACGACCAGUGGCUUCUUGCCCUGCGCGAGGCGCCGUGCUUUGCCAAGCUGCACGCGUCCAUUGCGCUCGGAAGUCUGCCGCUCACCUUUGACGAUCUUGUCGUUAUCUACGAGCGGCAGGCGUCCAGCAGGCGCGGUCAGCGACUCGAGGAGGUGAUUGCGCCGGGCAUCACCCCGUAUCUGGCCGGCUUUCGGUCUUUGGCCCGGGUCGCAUCCUCCUGGCUCACCAAGCUUGUCCUCGCUGAUAGCUACGACGAGCAUCGUACGUCCUUAUCGUUCGGCGACAUCCACAUUUUGGUCACCCUCAUCCGCGACGAACUCCCUCAUCUCGGACACCUGGCCCUCGCUCUUCACGGCGUCGACCGGGCCGAAGCGAUUUGCCAAGAUCUGCUGUACGAUGGCAUGUUGGGGGAUAUCGGUACCCUGACCCACCUCGAGAUCUACGUCGCUCCGACCAAGACACACUUGUUCUCUGUCGUCCGAUACCUUGGAACACUGGUGGAUAUCGAAUCUACCAUCGGAUUCACGGCGCGCCCCGCGCCUGGGCAUCCGAUGCUUGUGAUUCAAGACAAAUCGACGCAAUCACACCUAUCUCUCGCCAAUUUCCCUUCCCUCGGUGUCUUCGAGCCUAAGAAUAUAUGGCAGGACAAGGCGGACGCAUGGGCGAAGCUUGCGGAGAGUAAGGAGCAGCCUUCCCCUCAACGCCUCGUGGAUCUGGGGGAGCGUUUGGCGGCUCUGCCCAUCGCAGCUCGUACUUUCGCAGACAUUGUGGCGGGGGCAGCUCCAAUCUCGGAGAAGGUGGCGCUAGCUCAGAAGAUGCUGGAUGAUCUGGACGCCAUCCAGGACACACUGGAUUUGAUGCAGUGGGCCCAAUACGCGUGGUCGAGCCGGGAUCUGCUCAGAGCCCAGCCCCAACGGCUGUCCAGCGAAAUGCUCUUUGCCUCUGGACGUAUCGCCCACCCAAGCCUACACCAUUUCGCCAAUAUCAUGGCGCCCUGCAGCUCCGCUUGUGGCCCAGAGGCCGCUCCCCAAGCCUUGGCGAGGGCGAAUGGUCCGUCGGAGCAGACGGCCGCGCAGAGGUUUCUCGAAAUCCAUCACCUUCGCUCGUCCGUCCUAGCACAGUUGGCCAAGUCAGACUUGGCGGUGUGGAUGAGGGUGGGAAAAGAAGUAGCUGAGGAUGCUGCGAAAGAACUGUAUAGGAAUAUGGCUUUGAGGCAUGUGGUGUACAGCGCGGAUGGAAGCCGAGCUCAGCGAGGCCAUCUCCACCACGUCAAGACCAUUGCGAUAUGCGGUCUUGAUACCCGCCACCGAUCAUGGGGCCCUCUCGGUCAAAAUCUCUUCGCUUGCGGCUACUCCACAUGUAUUGACGGAUACCAUCCCCCUACCGUCGGUCGCAUCGUGUCGCUCCUGGUCGCUGAAUGCAGCAAGCUUCGGAAGAUCACCUUCGGCCCGCCAUACCUACCUUUUGGGCAUGAGUUCUGGGAAGUCCACAUCCUUUCCAGGAGCCCCGACUCGCCGGCCAGAUUUACCGCUCAUAUCGACCACUGCCGCAAUGCUCGCCUCUAUCUCUCCAAACUUCCCCAAAAGGAGAUACUCCCCCUCCCUACUCCUUCCGACAACUACACUAUCAGCUGCCGUCUCGAUCUGGAUAUGAUCGCACCGGAGGGCUAUCCAUAUCGCCGCAACGCUCCCGCGUGGAUGACCGCUCUCGCCGACGCCCCUUACUUCGGGGACCUAUAUCAGGCGGUCGAGCUCGGUAGGCUCCCGGUCACUAUCGACGACCUCAUACGACUCUACCAGCGCCAGAUUCACAAGGGCUACAAAGAGCGUUUAGCCGUCAUGAUCGCGAAUCGCGCGCCCGCCUGGCGCCCAGAAGACCUCCGUCGGCUGGGCGAGGUGUGCGGCGCCACCCUCACCACCCUCAAGCUGGCCAACAAGUACUCGCCCUAUCGGUCUGGCUGCGCGUUUCCGGAGCUGCCGGAGCUCGUCUCAAUCAUCAGGCGAUACCUCCCCAACCUCCACACAUUCCACUUUUCCCUCCGCGGUAUCGAGCAGGCCGAGGCGGCGUGCCGGAGUCUCGAAACCCCUCGCAAUAUCGGUCAAGCCCAAAUCCACGACCUACGAAUCUACACGGCGGACUGCGAGACCACCAUCUUCCAUCUCGCUCGCUCACUCAUUGAUGUCUGCACCGGCAGAGUACUCUUCCACGUCGGCCCAGACGACCACGAUCAUCUUCUUUCAGUCUCAUGGGGUUCGUACGCGCAGACCAGUCUAGUCCAGUACCUCAGAGGGCUCACUCCCGCUCAACGCGAAAACCUGGUCGACAUUCACUUAUCGGAUCUUGACGUCAAUGAGGUCCCUGACCUCGUUGAUCUCGAGUUCAGACCUGACGGCUCGGCAAUACCUCGAUUGGCGUCCAAGGCGAAAGCAUGGGCCGACGAUGCCCAUUUCACCAAGACAGUCAUCACAAACCGACUGCUGCCGGAGGUCUCAGCUCGGUUAGACGACGUGGACGAGGUCAGCGCACGUCUGAGCCAUCUGAUGUGCACCGAGGCCAGUAUAUCGGAGCUCGUUGACGAGGCGGAGGCAUUGUUGGGAACGGUGCAGGCGGCAAAGGCGGCAGUGGAGGACAUACAGUCGUGGCUGUCGGUGGUGCCAGAGCGGGAGGUGGCGAACCUCAUCAGGACGCUGAAGGCGAGGAUGGGGAAGAUCGAAGCGGAGGAAGAAGGAGGAGGACGAGGACAACGCGAUGACAAGAUUGUUGAGCAUCGUCAAGAUGUCCGCGUUCGAUCCGAUUUCGGAACUGGCCUCACCGAGCUCACUCGAAAGAGUUCGAAAGGAUUUCUGCUUCUUCCCUCUACUUUUCUUCUGCCUUUCAUACUCCACUGCAGCACCUUUGUAGGCCACAGUUAUACAGGCCGAACACUCACUACACGGACGCCGGAGGCUGCGAUGACCACAGAAGCCGACAAGCCGGCCCCGUUCGCCUCGGAGGCGUACGCCAACUUGGACGUGCGUAGGGCGAUCUUCGGCUUUCUCAGCCGGAAGAGUCUGGCCAAGUGUAAGAGGCUCCACAAGGACGGGGGAGAAGAGGCGAUGAAGGAGCUAUACCACACGAUGGAGUACAAUACGGUGUGCAAGACCCGAAACUACUCAUACCACGUCCGCAUCAUCAACGCUCACACCAUCACCCUCCCUUUCGCCAUGCUGCGCAAAGUAGGCGUCGACAAAGACGCAUUCAAAGGCUACAAGGCACGGGAGAAGCAAGCCUUAUGGCUUCGGGAGUACCGGCCCGACGUCUUCAACCUCAUCGUCCCACGGCUUCGUCGGCAGUUCCCUCUGCUGAGGGAGAUACGGUUCGGCUGCGGUUCUGGAAAGGAAGAGAACAGCGAUAGGCAUCGCUGGGUCGUCUACCUGCAGGCUUCCUCUGCAGGGGCCGCCUCGCCCUCCUCAGUUGUCGAUCAGCCCAUCGGACACAUCGAGAUCAACCAGCGCCUUGUGAUACACGCAGAUGCCGCGCCUCCCACUCCGCUGUUUCCCGCCUUCCUGCCUCCUCGAGAGUACUCCAUCUCGACGCGCUUCGACCUCGCUUUCUUCUGCGGGCGAAAUCAACCCGAUCUUCAUGUUCUUGAGGCCUGGCGGGUCGCUUUCCGGGACUGGCCAGAGUUUUCCCAGCUCUACCAGCGGCUAGACGCUUACGAGUAUCCGCUAUCGGCCUCGGACGUCGGUGCCCUCUGUCGAAGGCAGAUAGAAGCCGGUCACUCCGACCGCCUAGACUACGUCAGAUCAUACGGUGCGCCUUGGUGCGCGACGGACUUUCGUCUGCUCGACUACUCGGGCGCCUCGAUCACCUCCCUGGUGUUGGCGCAUGGUUUCGAGGAGGACAAAGUCUACAUCGACUUUGCCGACUGCCCGGAGCUGUUCUUGCAGGUCAAGCAGCAGCUCCCCAAUCUCGAUUACUUCGAUCUUGCCAUCAAGGGCAUCGCCGAAGCCGAAACGGUCUGUUUGGGCCUGCUAUCCGAUCGCACUCUCACAGAAUAUGGCUCAAUCCGACAUCUGCGUAUCUACACCCCACCAUACCUCGGGAAUCUGCUCAACGUCCUUCGCCUCCCACCCACAUUUGCGCCCAAAGCUGCUCGAUCAAUGCUUGGCGUCGUGGGUAUGGUGACGUUCUUGGAUGGGAUGGAGAUGAACAGCACGACUAUGUGGAGUACCUCUGGCACGAGGCAAUCCCCCUCUCGUCGCGCAUUUCUCGGCUCGGUGGACUUUGAGACCCUCGGUGUCACUUGCCUGAACGACUUCUACGAUCUCGAAUACGACGACGACGGACGGCCGCAAGAUCGCUGGGACACCCAGACAUCACGGUGGGCGGAGCAAGCGAUCUCCGGUCUGGAGGUGGCUCGCUCGGAGGUCUUCCCGAAGUUGGAGGCGGGAUUAGCAGAGUACGCUGUUGUCGCUGGGCGGCUGAGGGAGAUAAGGCAGUCAGGAGGGUCAGAUGAGGCUAUGCUGGAGGAGUCAGAGAAGGUGCUGGAAGCGGUGAGAAAGGUCAGGCGGGCGAUCAAGCAGGCAAAGGCGUUGCUGGCGGAUGAUCCGGAGGACGAUAUCGAGGAGUUCAUGGAGCUUCUGAGAGACCGUACGGGCGAGCAGGACUUCAAGCUUCAAGGCGAUUGGCUGAUGCAGCAACUCCUCAUUCCUCCGGCCGCGUCCGGUGCGACGCGCGACGCGUCGCGUCGAAAAAAAGCUCCACCACGCCGAGCGAGCGCCCGAGCUCGGCGGGGGGACGUGGAUCCGCUCGCGCCUCUUACCAGCGCUCGGCGGGUAUACGAUAUACUGGAACUCAGACAGCAUGUCUGGCAGUAUGUCGAGAUGAGGGAUCUGGCGAGCUUGAUGCGGGUGGAGAAGAAGGGGAUGCAGGCGGUGGCUAGGGUGCUGUACCAUACCCGGGAGUUUCCCGAGGUGGUCAAGAUGAACCGAUCAACCGCUCGCUCCCGUCUCUACUGCGACUCCGUAUCCGUCAUCAACAUCCACAGCGAUCAUCUCGGGCCGGCGGCGCUUCGGAAGAUCGGCGUCAGUAGGGCUGCUCUACACCAAGGGAAGAGCAGUCGCAAGGACGUCGUCAAGUACUUGCUCGACGUCCUCUGCAGGAAGUGUAGGGGCACGCGCAAGCUCUUUUACGCCGACCACGACUACGCCCCAUCAGCUGGUGUCCGGGUCCACCUGCAUUCUGUGCAGGUCUUGCCUGGCCGAGUCAGAGCGGGCGGCAUUCAGGCCCGGGGUCACAUCGUAUCCUCAUACCAACAGGUAUACAGUUCCGACUGCCAUCCACCGGUGCGGCGUGAGGUUCGCGAUGAGUCGCCGCCGUCCUCGGACUUCACGAUUGAAACACGGAUCGACCUCAUCCUCGUUCAGACCCCGCCAGAACACGGUGGCGGUCCGGUCAUGAACGACGAACUGUACAAGAAGCAGUCGGCUCUUGGUUAUAAACAGCGGCUGGAGGAAAUCUGGGCGACCCAAACCUGUCCCUUCGAUCUCGGAGACUUUACCACGUUCGCCUUCGUAGCUUCCACCUCCCUCGUAUACCUCCAACUCGCUGCCACAUAUGCCCCUCGGCCCACGACCUCCGGUCUCACAUUCGCCGACAUCCCUUCCCUCACUAUCCUCAUCAGACACAGUCUGCUCAACCUACGAGACCUCGCCCUCUCCAUGAGCGGGCUCGCUACGGCCGAGGCCGCCUGCGGUCACGCCCUGAGUAGCACCACGCUUCUCGAGCAUGGGACGCUCAAUAGGCUGCAGAUCAUCGCUGCGCGAGAGGAGUGGGUGGCGACCCCGCUGUGGAACGUGAUCAGAUGUCUUUCUGCAGCCUGCAGUCGGGAGGUGGUUGUUAUGGUGGAUGUGGGGAUCAACGGGAAGGACGACUGGUCGACGAUAGCGCAGACGAUGUAUUUGAGACAACUCAAAGCGCAAUCCAUGGAACGGCGGGAGCAUCUGAGUACGCUAGACUUCGCGACCUUGGGCAUCCACACACCCUCACUCGUCGCCCUGCUCGAAUACUCUGAGGAUGGCCGUCCCAUUCGUAUCAACACUAGCGGGGCAAAAUCUCUCCGGACGGCGGCGUACGACUUCAUGCUCUCGGAGAUCACCAGGCAUCAUCUCGAGGACGCCCUCGCGGAGGAUCGGCUGUGGUACUGGGUCGAAGGGGCCAUGCUACUCCUCAGUGAUGAAAGGGACGAUGUCAAGCCAGAAGUUAUGCUUCGCCACCUGAAGCGUCAAGCUGAGGACUCAUCCUGGGCGAUGCAUACGAGGGAUAAUGGCGUAUUGGUGUGGGCGGUUCAGCAGGUCCCACUCUUCCGUUUAGUUGAGUUCGACCUAGAAAGAAGAAUAGAGCAGCUGCAGAGUAUUGCCAGUCUGUCAGCGCGAAAUAUGCUGGAGCAUGCGCCAUAUGCCGGCUGCAUAGCGAGUGACUCAGAGGUCAAGAAUGAUCCUCCUUGUCUACGUUUGAUAGCGUCAAAGGUGGUGUGA